GUCAAAGGAAAAACCAAGGACAACAUCAAGGCACGAAAGGAUUUGGAGUUGUAUUGUAGAUGGCCACAAUUGCAUUUGAUUGAAAGUAAUGGACAGACUUUCAAACCUAAGGCUUGAAAGUUUUUGAUAAUAUUGGCAUAUUGGCAUACCAAUCUUAUUCGCCAAAAUUUGGAUGUCAUGCAUAUUGAGCGAAAUGUUUUUGAUAAUAUUUUUAACACAGUAAUGGAUGUCAAAGGAAAAAACCAAGGACAACAUCAAGGCACGAAAGGAUUUGGAGUUGUAUUGUAGAUGGCCACAAUUGCAUUUGAUUGAAAGUAAUGGACAAACUUUCAAACCUAAGGCAUUUUAUUGUUUGAGUAAAGAGCAAAAGAAAUGCGUAUGUGCAUGGGUGAAACAGUUGAGACUUCCUGAUGGUUUUGCAUCAAACAUAGCACAUUAUGUAAAUGAGGCCCAAAGCCAAUUAUAUGGGAUGAAAAGUCAUGAUUGUCAUGUAUUCAUGCAACGAUUGCUUCCAAUUGCAUUUCGAGGUCUUCUGCCCAAUUCAAUUUGGGAUGUGAUUACUGAACUAUCUCAUUUCUUUAGAGAUAUUUGUUCAACUGAAAACCAUUUCGAGCAUAUGAUAUUAUUCGAAGGAAAUAUCAUUGAAACAAUUUGUAAGAUGGAAAAAAUCUUUCCUCCGGGGUUUUUUGAUAGCAUGGAACAUUUACCAAUACAUCUACCGUAUGAGGCUAAGGUGGGUGGGCCUGUACAAUAUCGCUGGAUGUAUUUAUUUGAAAGAUUUUUGCAUCAUAUCAAGAAGAAGGUGAAAAUUUUGGCUUGUGUUGAGGGAUCCAUUUGUGAGGCAUAUGUUAUUGAAGAAAUUUCAUUUUUUUGCUCAUCAUAUUUUGAACCCAAUGUGGAAACAACUUGA